AAAAUAAAACGUCAUCAACAGCUUCGGGGCGGCUGAUUUGAACUUUUAUUUGUUAAAAAAUACUUGUGGUUCUAAACUUGGGUCAGCAGGAUGGUGGAGGGUCCAGGCUGCACCUUAAACGGAGAGAAAAUCCGCUCGAAAGUCCAAACGGGUCAGAAGGUGAAGGAAGUGAGGGGCACUUUGACUUCUUCAGCUAAAAGCAACACGGAAACAAACGUCUUCCACAGUUUCUCUGGAUGUCAGUUCACUGGUGUUGAAACUCUUGGGAAGGAGCUUUUCAUGUACUUUGGUGUGAGAGCUUUAAGAAUCCACUUCGGCAUGAACGGAUCGAUCCGUAUAAAUCCUGCUCAGAGGAAGGUUACAGCGGGCUCUGCGGCAGUGUUGGAAAUACGCCUUACCAACGACACUGUGGCCUUCUUUGACAGCACAGUAGAAAUAAGGUUGACGGAGGAUUGUGAGCAGAAGGUCAGGGCCAUGGAGAGUCUGGAUCUGUGCUCCCCCAAGUUCAGCUUCUCGCGCUCUGAGGAGGCAGUGAGGACCCAGGCAACCAGGAUGCUCUGCGACGUUCUCCUAGACCAAGCCGUCAUGCCGGGAGUAGGCAACAUCAUUAAAAACGAAGCCCUGUUUGACUCGGGCCUCCACCCAGCCGUGAAGGUUCAACAGUUGACAGAUGUGCAAAUCCACCAUUUGGUCAAGAUGACUCGAGAUUUUACUCUUCUGUUUUACAAGUGUCGCAAAUCUGGCUCUCCUCUCUCCAAACAUUACAAAGUCUACAAGCGUCCCAACUGUGGCCAGUGCUCCCAUGUUAUUACAGUCUGUCGUCUUGGAGACAACGGCAGGAUGACUUACUUCUGUGAGCGCUGUCAAAAAGGAGAUCCCACCUGCGUUGACGUCAGUAAGCUCCCAGUUAGACACAGCCUUAUCGGUUGGGCGUUUCAUGAGAGAUCCAGUGAUGAUGUGGCUAAGAAGGAGGAAGAGGACUGGGCUUGUCAACUAUGCACGCUCAUCAACCAGCCAGAAGCUAAAGCCUGUGAUGCCUGCUUCACUCCAAAACCUGAGGUUCACAAAGACGACAUUAGCACUGAAGCAUCGCCCUUCACUGCCGAUUUAAUUAAAUACCCCUGCAACGCCUUCAGGAAGCCGCGAGAGGAGCUCAAAGUCAACUGGAGGUCUGCAUUCGGGACUUCCACCCUUGUUUUCUCUGACAUGAGUGAGAAGCCAAAGCCUGUAAACUCCCCACUCUCCCCAGCCGGCGGUCAUUUGAAUUCCUUGGCGGCAGAACGGGGUUUGUAUAAAAACAGCUUAUGCCAAGGGACAACAAGCCCCAAUUAUGCCUCUGGUGGCUGGCAAAGGAAAAGUGCAGAGCUCUCCAAGGGGGAAUCACUGGAAUCUUACAGUCACCCUUCCAAGAAAAUGAGAAUUGAUCACAGCCCCUCUCCCAGUAACAAAGCUCCAAAUGGAACCCCCAACUCAGGUGCUCGCAGAUCAGGCACGGCAAGCACUGCAGCCCCUGUUCCUCCUAGUCCCCCUUGUUGCACAUCCCACUGUCGUCCCACCGUCCUCAGAGUGGUCCACAAGGAGGGGGACAAUAAAGGACGACAGUUUUAUUCCUGCUCCCUGCCGAGAGAAAACAAGUGCAACUUCUUUCAGUGGGCUGAUUUGCACUUUCCUCUCUGUCACCACGGGAAACGCUGUUUAAUGAGGACGGUUCUGAAACUGGGUCCUAACAAUGGUCGCAAUUUCUACACCUGCAGCUUUCAAAAGGGUAAACAAUGUGACUUUUUCCAGUGGGCGGAGUACGGACCUGGAGUUUCCAUGCUACCCGGCUGCUAACACAUCAAGGCUGUACAUAGGGGCACCUCUAAACAUCAAGACAUCAUCAGGACAUCUGUUUAUUGCUUUCAUUCAAAUCAAAAAGUCAAACUGAGGCAUUAGAGACAUAUAGUGUGCUAUACCUCCAGUCAUUUCUGGUAUGGCUGGGCAGUUGGAUUUUUUUUUUUUUUACAGUAAAGCUUAAAACAUUCAGAUUUUU